UAUGUUGAUAUUAUGGAGCUACAACACAAACAAACAGAGCGAACUCUCGUCAAUCCGAUGUUUGGCGUUAUAACUCCAUAACAAAAACUAUAUUCAUGUUACUACUUGAAAAGCCAAACAAGUACAGAGAUAUUGCACAACAAUACGGUGCACUUGAUUUGAAAGACUCGAUAACGCCGGCACACUUUCCUUAUCUAUUUAGUUCAAUCUAGUGUACUCGCUGAGCGAUACUUCCCCGGGUCUCGUUAUCGCCUUUCGUCCCUCUCUAGAGCCUGCUAUCACUGACAAUGGACUCGCAAAUAAGUAUAAGACUCACCUUGUGCUGUUUUGCUGUCAUUUUUGGCUUAACAGAUGCUGGGCAGAUAUGUGGCUCGUGCAGCCUAACUGUUGAACCACGUGACUGUAACGUCGUGACAGAAUGUGGUGACCACGAGGAAUGUCUAGUUCACGAGUACCUGACACCUGCCGGUCUCAAGCGGUACGAUAUAGGAUGCGAGUCAUCUUUUAGAUGCCAUGGACUAGGGAAAAGGUCCGAAGAGUCAACCUUGGAUUUAAGUGGAGAAAAGAAGAGUCUUGACAACAGAAUUACAUUGUGUAAAACUUGUUGUAACAGCACAAAGAUGUGUAACACGAUAGACGGGCUCUGUAAUUCUCAAAGACUCAAUACAUAUGGAGCCCUGAUCUGUUAUAACUGUGAGCAGAUGGAACAACCCGAUAGAUGUGACAGAAUAAAACUAUGUGGUAUAGACAACCAAUGUUAUAUUGGAAAGAAGCAGAAUGAUCUGUCUGGACAUUGGCUAUGGGAGAGCAGAUGUGGCGAAAACUCCACAGAAUGUAAAACUCUGGCUGCAACGAAUGCUCUUCUCGCUCCUAUAGUAGGCAAAAGACAAUCGGGCAACCUGUGUGCGUCAUGCUGCGCAACCGACCGUUUGUGUAAUUCCCAGUGCACACCGCCAACAAUUGGUCACCAAACGCAAGCUCCGAGUAAUACAAAACCGCCGACGCAUGCGCCAACGCACGCACCGAAACAAACAACCACACAUUUGCCGCAUACCCAUGCGCCAGCACACCAAACGCAUGCACCAGCACAUCAAACGCAUGCGCCAGCACACCAAACGCAUGCACCAGCACACCAAACGCAUGCGCCAGCACACCAAACGCAUGCACCAGCACACCAAACGCAUGCCCCACUGUCGAAACCAGUUAUAACGUUUGUGACGAGACCAACCGACGUCAAGAAGGGAUCAUACCUCCGUCUCACGUGCAGCGCGACUGGUAACCCAACACCAACUCUCCUCUGGAACUUCUUCGCAAUUGGCGAUGUAUCACCAACAAAUGUCGUAGUGUCGAACAACGGUGCCGACAUAACUAUAGGUCCUGUGACCGAACAUAACUACGGACACUACGCCUGCAGGGCGAUUAACUCAGAAGGCAAGGAUACACGAUUUGUUGAUGUUUUGGAACAUGGACCAAGUGGCCCGUAAAUAUGUCAAAUAAUAUUUUCAAAAUAAAUCUUUAUUUUCGACCAAA